AUGCACUUCAAUACCGCUAUCCUCGUAGCCCUCAUCCCUUUCGUCGCCAGCCACGGCCUCAUCACUACACCUCCGUCCCGCCCCGUCGGCCCAGCAAUCAUCGCAAACUGCGGCCCAAAGGUCGAACAAGACAUCCGCCUCGACAACACCUCGCAUGUCGAAGGCCUGCCCGAACUCGCCGCUAAGGACUCCGCCUACAACGCAGCGAAAUGCAAACUCUGGCUAUGUAAAGGCCUGCAAUUUGCCGACAACCCCGCUGCUAAUAUUCAGACAUGGCAGGCUGGACAAGUAGUGCCGAUCAAGGUGUGGCUGCGCAUUCCGCAUGAGGGAAGCGCAAAUGUGAGUAUCGUGGAGACGAAGAGUGAUAAGAUCGUGGGGAGUAUGUUGAAAGUUUGGGCGAAGGGGUAUGCGCCUGGUCGGAAAGAGACGGAUGUGCCGCUUGAUCAAAAGGAGUUCAAUGUAACUGUGCCCGAGGGGUUAGAGGAGAAGUGUGCGACUGCUGGCGACUGCGUUCUUCAGUGGUAUUGGUAUGGGACGAACGCAAGACAGACGUAUGAAUCUUGUGUCGACUUCAAAGUUGUGAAGAAGGGUACGAGCGGUGGCAGUUUAGGGCGGAUGUUCAGGACAUGA